UCCAGAUGGACUGCGGAAAUGCACGUGGUUUCUAGUUGUUUCUUUCUGGACGUUCAGUUAAACCCAGCAUGUUAACAACAACGGCCAAAUCCAGAAUGAGUUAAUUUAGUAACCUUACAUCGCCCAGGUUUGGAAAUGAAUUUCGCUUUCACCUGGUCUCCUGGUCAUGGAUGACGUGUGAUCGUUUAUCAGAUUAUUUUUCAUAAUUUACCUUCGCGUGUCCAAAUGAUGAUGACCAGACGUAUAAUAAUGCAAAGGAAGUGCAAACUGGGAUUGUCGAUCGCUCUCUGGCUUGUCAGUGUUGGUCUCAUAUGUGCCCACAACGAGAAGUCACCAACAGCCCUGUCUAUCAAAGAAGGCUCUGAUGAUCAUAGCAAGGGUGAAGAAACAUUAUUAGAGGAUGAGGAUUCUGAGGAUUUGGAGGUGUUUAGACCUACAGACAAGUGGCAAACUCUCAAACCAGGUCAAGCAGUUCCAGCAGGCUCCCAUGUCAGAUUAAAUCUUCAGACAGGCCACAGAGAGGUCAAGAUUGGAGAGGAGGCUGGUCUCAAAUACAGGAGUGAUGGAAAUAGGCAAGGGACGAUGAACAUGCACGGCUCGUCAUUCACAGCUGAGGAGUUGAAAGAGGCUUUGAAAAAGUUUAAAGAAGGAAUGGAUGAUCUGGUGGACACGAAAGAUGAGGAUGCAGUGAGGGCUCAAUUUCGCCCCAUCGAAGAGCUGAAAAAAGACAUGGAGGCACUUGACAUGCUUGUGGAGACAGACGUUCAAGUUAUGAGGAGGCUUUUAAACCAAUUUAAUAAUACCAACAGCACAAACGAGGAAAAAAUCACAGCUCUCCUUGACUUGGAGUACCUUGUGCACCAGGUAGAUAAUGCCCGAAAUUUGGUGUCCAUGGGAGGAAUGCAAUUGGUUAUAAAUGUUUUAAACAGCACAGACAUUCGUCUCCAAGAGAGUGCUGCCUUUGUGCUUGGAUCUGCUGUUUCGAGUAAUCCAUCAGUGCAAGUUGAGGCAAUAGAAGGAGGUGCGUUACAGAAACUGUUGACAUUGCUUGCCACUCAGCGACCAAUAACGGUAAAGAAAAAGGUGUUAUUUGCCGUGGCCUCUCUCCUGCGUCACUUCCCGUUUGCUCAAAGUCACUUUUUGAAGCUUGGUGGUGUGCAGGUGCUCAGCGAACUGUUUCAAACACCGGGGACGGAACCUCUGCGCGUGAGAAUCAUAACGGUGCUCUACGAUAUGAUCAUUGAGAAGGAGUUGAUAUCUCAGGUGGGAAUGGACAUUAUACCAGAUUCGUCUCAUCAGGAACGCUUGCGACAGUAUGCUGAAGUUUCCCUCCUGCCCAUGUUGGUGGAGCAGGGAUGGUGCAGGCUGGUGCCUGAGCUUUUAGAGUCACCUGAGCAUGACUACAGAGAGAAGGCUCUGCGCACUCUGCUUGCCAUGAUGGCUCAGUGUCAGACUCAAUAUAAACAGAAUCCCGCAUUGACAGCCUCUCUGAGUGAACUUCAAAAACAGUACCAAGAACUGGUGCUCACAGAACAGGACGUAGGAGAGCAGGACGGUUAUUUUUCAGAGAUACUGGCACUUGUGGACUCUAUGGUGGUUAAAAUGCGACAGGUAUAAAUUGGUGCUGCUGCUGCUUUCUUUGGGACACAGUGAACUAAUAAAAUAAUUGAGUUGUAAAUGA